GGUGACGUCCUUCGAUGCAUUAGUUUAAUCAUGUUGUCUUGUAACUUUGCGUAUUAUUCAUGGAUCUUACUUCUAUGUGGCAAUUAUAUACUUAAUUCUUUUGCCGAGGACGCAACUAUUUUGUCUGAAGAAGACUCCACGCUCUUACCUUCUGUAACAAAUGAAGACGAUAGAUUCAAGGGAUCCCCAGCUGUUGGUGUCUUGGUAGCCCUUAGUAAACCUCCAUAUGGUCUUUACUCUGGACGUCGUGAAAUAAACUUGCCCGUCGGAAAAAUCUCAUCCCUUGUGGCUUCCUUGGCUAAUACCAACCCGACAAACGGUGAACAAUUUAAACUCGAUUUUAUAGAAGGAGCACUUCACUAUCCUAUGUACUAUGACUAUCACAUUCAGAACUUUACCAAGCAACGCCUCCAUGAGACAUUAGAUCCCGGCCAAGAGACCUCCCUUUAUUACAGAUUCAAACCCGCUCCUGAAUUAGCUGGUCGAUCUUUUGACCUGUCUAUUGUUGUCUACUAUCAUGACAAUAAUGACAUUUAUUAUGCUCAUAAGUUAUUUAAUCAAACUGUUAACUUGUUUGAAAUCGAAGAAGGUGUAGACACUGAAUUGAUUUUCUUGGUUAUCUUAGUAAUUGCCUUGAGUAUAGCAAUUCUAAUUGGUAUCUGGCACUGGUUCACCUCAAUCGCUCAAAAAACGACAGCCAGCCAAAAAGUCUUCAAAAGUGGUCGAAAAUGAUAGUGAAAAUGCAGUCGAGAACGAAUACCUGGCACUAAUAAAAAACAAGCCUCAAAUUAAAAAAGGUAGUUUAUUGUUUGGAAAAGUUGAAUCAUCUUUUAUGCUACAAUUAAUUCAAACAAGAGCAUGUUGCAUUAAUUUAGAGUUGGUUGCCUUAAAUAUUAUCGCAUUCAGAAACCCCAUGCUUGUCUAAGAUCAAUGCGUGACGUAAUCUGCGAAGAUUCAACAAUCUCCACAAGCUUCUUAUGUUAUUCUACUAUUACUUUUUUUCUAUAGAUCGCUCUGACCAAAUAAUUCGUCGGCACCAGGGUAGACGCUAAGUAACCGAAGAUAGUACACACUUAAGCUCAACUACUUUCGACUUUCUCACUCGUGUACACAUGUCAUCUGUAAAAAUCUGCAUACAGUCUAUUUUUAAACUGCGUUUAAAAUAACCACUUUUUAUCUUUCUGUACUGUUUGAUCAGUCUUAAGUUGUUCCUGCUAAUAAAACCCUAUCUGGUC